AUGUCCGCCACAGGAAUGGAAAAUUUAGAAGGGGCCGAAUCGACGCACAACACCAAGGUGUCGGAUUCUGCCUACUCCAACAGUUGCAGCAACAGUCAAUCGCAAAGGAGCGGAAGCUCCAAGUCACGACACAGUGGUAGCAACUCGUCCGGAAGCAGUGGAUAUGGAGGAAAGGCGUCCACGCAGGCCAGCAGCGUCGCUCCACUGCCCCAACCUACCACCAAGCGCACAAAGGAAAAGGACCGCAAGAAAAAGAAGCUAAAGACAAACACCGAAAUCUUGGUUUCGGUCGCCGAACAGCGCAGUGCGGCCUCGAACUUACCCACUGCGGAGGGUGUUGCCGCUGGCAAGAGUGUUGAACAGAAGGACAUUCAAGGAAAUGAGCCGGAAAAUACCGUUGCGGGAACCACAUCGAACAUCGGAUCUAGCUGCGAUCGUGGGUCGGCUGCGGGCCAGGCAGGAGCCGGUGGUAAUCAACAAGUCGCUCAGGAUGGAGAUGCAAACUCUCACCAUGGGAUAGGUUCGGGAGUGUCCACGGGCAACAUUGCUGAGGAAAUCGGCAACGAGGAAAAAGCUAAAGAAGAUGGCAAACAAAAGGUGCAGGAACGCCGGCAAGAUGGAAAUUCAUCGGAAGGCACCGGUCAACAGAAGAAACAUGACGCUCAGAACAUUCUUGUCGGAUCGGGUUCCCUUCCAGCAGGUGUUGCUUCAAUCGUUAACUCGAUUGCGGCUGGUGGAUCUUCCACUUCGCUCGUUAGACUCUCCGAACAACAGAGUCAGAAGCAAGGACAAACCCUCCAAAAGAAGCAACAAUCCAAAGUCGAGCAGAUGAAUGUCGAUUCAAAUGAUCAGCAGCAGCAGCAGCAGCAAAUACAACAGCAACAGCAGCAGCAACAACAACAACAAGGAGCGCAGAUACAAAAGCAGCAGCCCGCUGGCCAUCAGGCACAAACGGCUGAUCAGCAACAGGCACAGUCGCAGCAGGAAUCCAACACUCCGCGCACGAACAAACCGGACGUGGAAGAUGGCUUUUGCUGCGUCAUAUCGAUGCACGACGGGGUGGUACUUUUCACGACCCCUAGCAUCACCCACAGUCUGGGCUUCCCAAAGGACAUGUGGCUUGGUCGGUCGUUCAUCGACUUUGUGCACCCGAAGGAUCGGGCAACGUUUGCCAGUCAGAUCACGUCCAAGGUGGUCGUGCCGUUGGGCGAAUCGAAAAGUGGCCAGAAGGAUCAAAAGAAUUCACUUUACGUUAUGCUGCGCAAGUAUCGCGGGCUCAAAUCGGCCGGCUUCGGAGUCACGAAGACGUCGGUUAGUUACGAACCGUACCGUUUGGUGUUGACUUUCCGUGAGGCUCCAGCGGAGAACGCGGAGCUAAUGAGUGGACGAAGCAUUUUGCUGAUUAUCUCGGCGACGCCGGUCAAGAGUGCUUACAAGGAGGCGAAUGAAUCACUGUGCGAGCGGGAGCUGAAGUUUAGCACACGCCACACGACAUCGGGCGUGUUGAGCUACGUGGAUGGGAAUUCCGUUGAGUCCAUCGGUUACCUACCGCAGGACAUUCUUGGGCGGUCUAUCAUGGAGUUGUACCACCCGGAUGAUAUGUCUAUCUUGCGCAACGUUUACGAAACGGUCAUGGUGAAGGGACAAACGGCUGGGGCGUCUUUCGUCAGCCAACCGUACCGCUUUCUGGUGAACAACGGAUGCUACAUCGUGCUCAGCACCGAAUGGACGAGCUUCGUAAAUCCGUGGUCGAGAGAGCUGGAGUUUGUCAUUGGCAACCAUCGGAUCCUGCAGGGUCCCUCGAGACCGGAUGUAUUUGAUCCGCGGUUCUACUGCCAGGAGCAGCAUCAGUUUCCCGACGAGCUGCUCAAGGAAGCCAAGAUGAUUGAGGAGCAGAUCCUACGUCUGCUGAAGGAACCAGUCGCGAAACCCUCAGACAUGGUGAAGCAGGAGGUAUCGAAGCGUUGCAAGGCACUUGCCUCGUUCAUGGAGGAGCUGAUGGACGAGGUGGCCCAACCGGAGCUGAAGCUCAACCUACUCAACGAAUCGGACUUUACCUUCUCCGAGCGCGACUCGGUGAUGCUGGGCGAGAUAUCGCCUCACCACGAGUAUUUCGAUAGCAAGAGCUCGUCCGAGACGCCGCCAAGCUACAAUCAGUUGAAUUAUAAUGAGAAUUUGCAGCGCUUCUUCGAUAGCCGGCCGGUGAUGAACAUCGAGGAGCAGAUGAAGAUAGAUUCGUCCGGCGGGACGAACACGGAGACGAUCGAUGAGCAAACGCACGCGAGCCCGAACCAGCGAGGUUUUAGUGCCAGCGGUGGCGGAGGGAGCGGUGGGUCGGCCGGGAAUUUCAGCUCCGAAAGUAACGCCCAAAUGGACAGCACGACCAACACGACGAGCAACACGGGUGGGACGGGCGGAACGGGCAAAUCGAGUGGAGGCGGAGGUGGUAGCUUCCAACCGCCGACGCUCACCGAGGAACUGCUGUGCCAGCACAACGAGGAUAUGCAGAAGGUGAUGCUGAAGAAGCAUCGGGAAGCGCGAAUGGUGGCACGCGGGACGGAAAAGAACAAGAAGGGACCACCGGACAAAGGAGGUUACGGUGGGGCGAUGGCACACGGUGUCAAGCGAGGACCAUCGCACUCGUGGGAAGGUGAUGCGCACAAAGCGGUUAAGCACCAGCACACCGAGGACCCGAACGGGCCAUCGUGCAGUUACCAGCUGCAGCAGAAAGGAGGACCGGUGGCGUCACAAGCACUCCAGCAGCAGCUACUGAUUCAGCAACAGCAGCAAAAGCAACAGCAGCAGCAGCAAAACCAGCAGAACAAACAGCUCCACCUGCAGCAUUACAAACCACAGCAGCAGCAACAUCAUCACCAGCACCAGCAACAUGGACAACAGCAUGGUACAAUGGUUUCGCAAUCGAUGCAACUUCAGCCCAUGCAGCAACAGCAACCCCAGCAGCAGCAGCAGCAACCGGGACAACAGAUUCAAAUGUCCCAUCAGAGCCAAUUUCAAGCGCACGGCGUAGCCGGCUCGUCGUACUUCGCUGAGACGGCCAUGUCAGCGCAACUGAUGUCCUACAGUACGACCCACACGACGCCCUCUGUCAACGCACCGCAAAUGACGUACGUAACCAACGCCGGCGUCGGCUGUUCGAAUCGCAUCGGCGAACUGUGGCCACCGUUCAGUGUGAGCGCCACGACGACUACCGCGCCCGGCACCGGUCCAGCAAGCGUCAUGCCAUCGCAUAGCAUUUUCCCCACCCUAUACUACAUCCCAGCGGCGGCCACCGUCGCCACCGCACCUACCGCUCCCGCUCCCCAACCAGCCCCCCUCAGCGUGCCAUACAUGGCGGCCGGCGUAAUGUAUCCCCAUCCCCAGCUGUACCAGCAGUCGCUUCUCUAUCCACCCGUUAUGUACCACACGAUGCCUUACCAACCCCUGCCUCCUCCGUGCGGAAUCGAGAACGACUCCCGAAUCACUCAUCAGCAACAGCAACAACAGCAGCAACAACAGCAACAACAGCACCAGCAGCAGCAACAACACCAACAACAACAGCAGGAACAACAAAGGCAACAAUCCCAAGCAGGCCAACAAAAUGGCGGCCCAGGCAAUUCGCAAUCCAUCGGUGGUGGUUUACUCGGUCCCGGGCAGCCUUCCGGCAACAACGGGCAACAACCGGCACAACCGGUCGAAGGACAAGGUACAUCCGGUUAUGGUGCCACGAAACAGCUGCCCGUAUACAUGACGGUGCCACCAUCGGCCGGAAGUGGUUCGCUUUCGCAAACACCGUUCCAGCGGCCUUCAUCACAAGCGACCUCCGUUAAGGCGGAACCAGGCUCAGCCAUGGGAAGCAUCGCGUCAGCAUCGAUCGUUGCCAAUCGGGCAUUCUCGGAAUCAUCGAAAAAGGAUCUCACCGAUUCGCCGGUCAUCUCGAACGUGGACUGCACCGACUGUGGCCUCGAUGAGGUACUGGAAAAACAUCGCUGUUCGGGCGGUGCUAGUGGCGAAGCCGGAAACCGAAAGACGGGAUCCAGAGGCAAUAAUGCUGCUGGAAAGACGUCGAGUGGAGACGGUGAAGCGAGCGGCAAUGCCGUUGGAUUGUGCGAAUUGAGUGACGACAUGGACGAGUCGAGCUUUUCCAGCUUCUACUCGAGUUUCCUCAAGACGGACAACUCAUCCGAGGGCCACAGUGCGGCGGAGAAGAAGGAAUCGAACGAGAUGUGCUGGGAGAGUGGAUCGAUCGUUGGAGCUAAUGGAAGGAAGACUAGAGGGAGCCCGGGAGGUGGAUCAGCCGAGGGUGGUGGAGGGGGAGGUUCUACGAAUAAUGGCGGUGGGCGGGCUAAGCGACGUCCCAAUCCGCCAUGGUUGGAUAAUGUCAGUCAGACCAAGGAUCUCAUUUAUCGAUAUCAGAUUAACGAGCGUUCCAUCAAGGAGCUACUCGAUUCGGACAAUGUCAAAUUGAAGAAAUUCAGUCAGCCAAUUCUCGUCAACGAUCAGCUGGGGCAACUAUACCUUGAUCUCGAACUGGAAGGUCUCUCGGCAAAGCUAACACUUAGCGACGCAACAUCCGGCAGUAGCAGCGACGACUGCGACACAAAGGACAAAACCAAAGUAACCAAGCGCAACAUGAAGUACAGCAAGCUGGUGAUGAUCUACGAAGAGAACGCACCGUUUCCUCCUCCGAACCAUCCGGAGCCCGAACCGUAGGCGUAAUCGUGGACGAUGAUUUUUCAAACGGCCAAAGCAUGCGCCAGUACAGUAUUUCAGCUACUUUUUUCUAUGACUCAUACAAGUUAGAAAUCUAAGAAUGCAACUUUUUACGUUAGUGCUUAAGAGUUUAUCGACGCAGAUAGAUGUAGGAGAAGAAUACUUCUAAAGCAAGUAUCCUACAGUAUAUUCUUUCCUAUGGAUAGAUUAAAUAUUGUAUUUAAUUUUUUGAAGAUAAUAAACUGUAAACACCGUUCGUUUGGUUGU